AUAUUCAAUGUUUCAGGAGAGGCAGCAGUAGGUUCAUGGACCGGGUCAUCAGCGGAGAGUGGGAAGUGGCAGUCACUGGCGCAGGUUGGAGCCACGAUGAACAACCCACUUAGGUUCAAGUUUCCUCGAGCACCGCACCUGCGGGUGGCUGCAGAGUCAUGGCCGCCGCAUGUGGAGGUAUUGCUGAAGGAUGUUAGUGGACCAGGGGUGCUGCAGGAGACCUUCCUGACUGUAAUACACGGACCCAUGGCCGACUUCCUCAGCGCCCUCGCUGCCUCUCUCAACUUUACGUACACGAUAGUACAAGGCGACGGCUACUGGGGAGCACCUAGUGACAAUGGUACCUGGAACGGCAUGAUAGGCAUGUUGCUAGAACAGAGGGCGGAUUUGGGCUUAGGACCGUCCGUUCUGAUUUACCAGCAAAGCCAAGUAGUUGAUUUCACCUUCCCUAUCUUCAGUGAAGUGCUUCACAUUCUGGUCACCAGACCAGGACCACUGUCUGACCCCUGGGGCUUCUUGGAUCCCUUCACAUGGCAGGUGUGGGUGUGUGUGGGGGUAAGCAUGGUGAUGGUGGCAGUAGUAGAGACAGGUAUGGAGGGGAUGCUUCCCAACCAGACACCAUCCUUCACCACUCAUCUCUGGACUGCUUACGAGAUGCUUAUCUCCAGCAGUGCCAAGCCGGUGGCACAAAGUGUAGCACUGCGUGUCACUGUGUGUCUGUGGUUGAUGGCAGUCCUAGUCCUCACCCGCAGUUACAGCGGUGGUCUGACGUCACUGCUGGCGGUGAAGACUGUGCCACUGAAGUACGACUCCCUUAAUGACGUCCUGGAUGAUCCACAAAUCACUCUCCUAAUGGAGGGCUCCACAGCACUCACAGGCUACCUUCAGAGUGCCGAAGGAGGUGUGUAUGGAGAGCUGGGCAGAGCAGUGCGGGUGCGUGGAGUGCAAGUGAAGGCUAGCCAGCUGCAGGAGCUGGCCUACACUCUCCUGGCUGACGGUAGACACGCCAUCUUCCUUGAAGAGUCCGGCUGCGACAAGGUCUACUCUGAUGGCUUUACCAGAACAGGUCGUUGUGACUUCUACAUGUCCCGUGGUGUGUUCUGGCCACUGUUGUACGCCUUGGUGGUUCCCCGAGCCAGCCCUCUCCGAGCUCUUAUCAAUGCAAGGAUUAUUGCAUUACGAGAAUUUGGCGUGUACGAGGUGUGGGCACGCAGCCAGACACCCAACAUGACUCAUUGCCUAAGGAUGCCCACUAAAAUUAAGUUCCAAGAAGCGUAUACCAUAUUUCAUCUCUGGGUGGUCUUCAUAGUACUAGCUGGAGGCAUGGUCCUUGCCUUCCUGGUGUUCCUCUGUGAGCUUGCCCUCGCCCGCCUUACAUAUCUCACUUCCUGAAGGAUUCCUUGACACAUGGCCAUGCUAUGCCUUUGUCCACUGGUAACUAGUCUCCUUACAUGUAUGCAGCAAAUAAAACACUGUGCAGCUUUUUUGUCUUGCAACCUGUUGAAUAGUUACCUUGGGUUUUUAAGUGUAUUUAUUACUCCUAUAUGUGAAAUGUAUGUUUCAGGAAGUUUAUUAUUAUUAUAAUCAAAGGUGCUAAACCUACUAUAGAGUCAUACAGCACUGCAGGAGAGGAAUUGAUGCAGGAUCUAAGGAUACAUAAGGGUGGAGAUUAGGAAGUUGAAAUAAAUACACCACCACAUGAUUGUCAUCUAUAAACCCUGAUACCUUCCAACAUUUUCUCAGGCUUUAAAAUGAGCUGAUGUAGGCAACAGCUUUUAGCUUGUAAAUAAAAUUAGGCACCCUUAACCUAACCUUGUAAAACCAUGUGUAAAAACGAGAGUCAUCCACAAAUCAAUCUCAAUAUCUUCCAGCAACACUAAGACACGAAGAGCCAGCCUCCAGCAUAUAUACUAAAUGCUUCUUCUCAGUGAUGAACCACACUUGUGCACCUAAAAGAAAGGUUAUGAAACACAAUUUUGGAGCAACUGUUUUAUUUGCUAAGGUGUUCAUAAAGUUACUGAAAAAGUAACACUCAAAACCUGUGUUACUUCUCCGGCAUAAAUAAGGUUGUGAAGAACAAUUUUUUUUUAAAACCCCAAAAAACUUGCACACACAUUUAAAUACCUCUCGGUGAUCAAUCAAUAUGAAGGAAAAAACAUACAUAUUCUAUAUAGAUGAUGGAAUGCUGCACUCAGCAGCUCACAAUGUACUUAAUAGCUGUUCCCCCAUAUUUUAAGGUAUUAAGUGUUCACACGUUUAAAAUUCUCCUAAGACACUAGUCAUGCAGGAUCAUUACUGUAGUAACUUUUUUAUAGGACUUUUAUUUCUAUGAACAUUAAAAGCUGGUUUAAAUUUCUUCCUGAAUUAAUGUAUGUAGAAAUGAACAAUGAAAAGUGGAAUUGAUGGUGCACUUAAUUCUAACAGCUUAGAGGUAUAUAUCAAAGUGUCAGUUUAAAUUAUGGAACCUACAGUUAUAUGCAUAUACAUACAACACUUCUUAACAGCUAUUUCCUAAUCUUCAUAAAUAUUUCAGCCAAUGGAAUGAACAUGAAGAUAUAUACAUUAAAUAAUCAUUCACAGGUCAUCAAUCUUUGAAAGUUAUUUAAAAUUGACUGACUAGACAUCUCUAUGAGUUAAAAUGGCAAGAUAUAUGAUAUGCUUAACCUGCUUGUUAUUCCUAUUGCUGCAGUUAAAUUGGUUGAUUGGGCGGCAUGCUAAGACAGUAUAUAGAAACAGCCAGACGAGCAACAUAUUAAGAAAUCUGUCAUCUUAAUAUCCCACACAAAACUGUGUUGCUCUUAAGGUUUUUAAUUAAUAUUUUACAACUUCAGUCUAUCUCAUAUAAACUCAAAAGCAUUAAAUAUUCAUAUAGAUACCAGCAGUAACUUAAAUGGUGAUAAAGUGCAGAGAAGGAUCUAUUUUCUACAUGUGCAACAAAACUUCACAGGUGGUGCUGGGUGCUUAGUUUGUGUACUGUACCUUUGUCAAAAAUCACUGUCAGUAGCCAGUCAGAAGUGUUGGUAAAAUGAGAAAAGUAUACAAAGCAGUACUCAAAAUUUUACUGCACAAAAUCUAAACAAAUUUGACUUGUUCUGUGCUUCAACAGUAAGUGCAAUGUUAGAGUAUACUUUCUUUCACCAAAUAGGAAUUUUAUUUUUAUUCACUCGUGUGUGCAUGCGUGUGUGUUAGUUUCCAGCUGUCAGAGGCAUUUGUCGAUAGACAUUUGGCCUGUUGUGUGCACGUGCAUGUCUCUUCUGUAUGUAUAUGCGUUGUGUAUGCAGAUGUAUAUACAGUGGUACCUUG